UCGUUGUUGUCCUCAGUAUUUCACUGCGUCGGUCCGUGGUCACUCGUUCGCAUUCAGGUCGCACCUGAUGUAAAUUGCUUGUGUUUUUUUAUCUUAUCAAAUGUAAUUCGAUUUUUCCAGUUUGACGCAACGUAAAUAAUGCGUUUAUACACUCGUAAAACGCGCGUAUUCGAAAUAACAUACUGCGAUCAGAAUAUUAUUUUGUGAACGAUAUACAAAAUAAGAGUAAUCUAUUCCAUAUAAUAAUUAUAUUGGAGGAAAAUAAAAAAGACGUUCGUUAAAGUCUCCGCCGACGCCAUGAAACCAACUUCGGUUUAUCUGAUCCUAUUGAUCGGAUUCUGCAUAUCCCAUAUUAAUCAUGGGCAAAAUCUCGUGGAAGAAGAGUUUAUGCCAUCCGUUACUGCGACAUGCAAAGCUGGAUACAUGACGAUUAAAGUCACCACCAACCAGCCUUUUGUUGGUGCCGUGCAUGCCAGAGACUAUCGUUCGUCGGGUUGUCUGAGUUACGGGAACGGCACAAAGCUCACCACGCUUGGCAUCAACCUGCUGGCCACCCAAGGAUCGACUGAUUACUGUGGCAUAUUCAUCAACAACAAAACUGAAGAAAGAUCAGUACCGAUUGCUAUAAGAAUACACAGAACUCUAGAACUUGCGGACGAUAAGUAUUACGUAAUCACAUGUGGCAAAUCAGGAUUCAAGAAUUCCAAAAACGAAACGUCGUUGGUAUCAUUAAAAUUCCUCGAGAACGGCAAAAGAAUUCAGGAAGUUGUUUACAGCCAUCCUUACACACUAAGGGCUGAGAUAUCAAGACACGAUGGUGCCUAUGGAAUACGCGUUAAGAACUGUUUUGCGUUCAAUAAGAGGAACAACAGCGUCAACCUCAUCAAUGAGCUCGGUUGCCCGGCAAACACGAAGGUCAUCACGCCGUUCAAGUACGAUCCAAAGUCGGGGUUCGCGGACGCUGCUCUGGCCUCGAUGUUCCGGUUUCCGGACAGCCCGGAACUGUACUUCCAGUGUGACAUCGAGGUGUGCCGGGGUGCGUGCGCGGAACCCGAUUGCGACGGCGUGUCUGCGGUGCAGUUGCAGCAGCAGAUAAAGUACGAGUUCGCAGUGGACUCGCCGUCGGAAAACGGCACGCUGACGGCCAGCACGACGGUGUUCGUGCUCGAGCCCGGCGAGACAGCCCGGAGCCUGACGCUGUGCGACGACCCGGCCGACGGGGGCAUCCGUCCGCCGUGGCUGCUAUACCUGUGCAUAGCGUUCGGGCUCAUGUUCCUCAUCAUGCUCGUCAUCAACGUGUUCCUGUGCUCGGCGAUGACGUGCUCGUGCGCCCGCACCGACAUCAUUGAAAAGGAGCCCAGCAUCAUCGAAGACUACGACCCGUACCGCAGCUGGCACGGUUCGCAGUACGGAUCUAGGUAUUCAUUAAACGGCAAGCCGGGAUACGUAUCAGGUGGCUCUACAAUGAAUUCKACUCGGUCCAUGUCCACCAAUAGCGACCAUUAUGCGAUAGUGCACUCGCGACCAGGAAGUCGGUAUUCGGGCACCGCCAAACAUCAGCCACAUCACAUGAGAGGACCCCCGUCUAACAUUGGAUCACAUUACUCUGGAAAAUAGUUAACAUUUUUAAAAUAAUGUAUUAGUAUAUAUAUGCAUUAUAUAUAAUAUAAUUAUUUGGUAAAAUUAUCGUUUAUUUCGGAGAGGUAAAUAGAUUUUACCUGUUUUUUUUUUUUGAAAAUAGAUAUAGGUAUUCAUACUACAGUGUACAUAAUAUACUCGUGCAUGCAUUAUGCAGCAGUUGUACUUAAUCUUAACGAGAAUUAUAUUUCAUAAUCUCUCAAAAAACUUAGUUGCCAUUAUAUUUUUUUGUCUUCAAUAAUUAUUUUAAGUGUAUUAAUAUUAUAUUAUAUACCUACCUAAUUUAACGUGUAAAAUAAUUUGAAUUAUUAAUAGUUACUAUACCUAUUAUGAGUAUCAUAUAGUGUAAUACAUUAACUUCCUAUUAUCGAUUUUUAUAAAGAGUAAUAAUGUCUUUCUACAUAAUAAUAUAAUAUACUAGAAACUAGAAUAUAAUAUUACAAAUCAAGUAAUUUAAACUUGUAACAAGUUACUUGUUUCACUUGUGCGUAAA